GUGGAGUGAGAUUUGAAAAAUUAAAUUGGAGAGCUAAAAAUAUUUUUUUUGUAAAACAUAUCCCUACAUUUGAUAAAUAAUAACCAGUAAGUACAUUCUGAAAUAUCUGCCAACGACAGACAUUUGAAAUAAUAUGAUUUCAUUGCAUUAAUUAGUGCCUAGGACGUGUGCAGUUUUUGGGUGCAACAAACGCGGCGAUCGUGACGGGGAAAAAUGGUUCCGCUUCCCCGCGGUGGAUAAGCGUAGCGCCAAGAGAAAAGAGUUGUCCGAAAAGCGCCAAAUUGCAUGGACAAAUGCAUUGAAGCGGAUUGAUUUGGUGCCAGAAAAAUGGCCAUCAACGGUGGUUUGCUCGCAGCAUUUCCUUUCAGGUCAAAGUGCUGAUCUUUUAGAUGAAAUGAAUCCUGAUUGGGUACCGAACCAGAAAUUAGGUUACAAAAAUCGGAUGACAUCUGCUGCUAAGGACAGAUUUGAGUGUUUGACUAGGCGGAGUGAAGUAAAGGAGGCUAUCCGAAAGACGUUGGAAACGAUUCCGGAGGAAGAUUUGCUGACGGCUCCAGGUCCGGUGGACAGAGAAACAGUGCUCGAAGAAGAAAUAAAAAAAUUGCAAUGUGAAAUAGAAAUUAUGAGAGAAAAGCACCACCCAUUUCUAUGCACUAGUUUCGAAGAUUUUAGUCAGAAUGAUGACAAAUGUAAAUAUUUUACAGGACUAAACUACAAUGUUUUUAAGUUUUUAUUUGGGUUUUUAGAACCUUAUUUCCCACAACCGACUGGUUCGUGUAAGAUAACGAAAUUUCAAAUUUUUAUUUUUACUUUAGCUAAGCUUAGGCUAGAUUUAGAUCUGACAUUAAUUGCGUACAUGAGUGGAGUUCACGUUAGUACUGUCUCUAGAUAUUUUCGUAAAUGUAUAUACGUCAUGUUUCAACGAAUGAAAGGGCUUGUCAGUUGGCCGUCUCGUGAAUCGGUACAAAAUUCGAUGCCAGAGUGUUUCAAGCGACAUUUCGGUAAUAAGGUCUCAGUCGUUAUAGAUUGCUUCGAGGUGCUCACUGAGAAGCCCAGUGACGUUUUACAAGCUGCUCAAAUGUGGUCUAAUUAUAAACAUUCACAUACUGUUAAAUACCUAAUCGGAAUCGCUCCUAAUGGAUCCAUUAUAUUCAUAUCAAAUGGAUUUGGUGGCCGAGCAAGUGAUAAAUUUAUCACUGAAAAAUCCGGUAUGUUAAGUAGAAUGCAAAAAGGAGAUUAUAUCAUGGCAGAUAGGGGAUUCCUAAUAAGAAAUCACGUUGAAAGUGCUGGAGUUGAAUUACUGUUACCUGCUUUUACUGUUGGUCAAGAUCAGUUGCACCCUCUUGAUAUUGAAAACACACGGAAAUUAGCAAAUGUUAGGAUUCAUGUAGAGCGAGUGAUUGCGCAGGUUCGGAAUAAGUAUAAGAUACUAUACAAGAACAAGUUUCCAAUAAGCACUCUGAAGAAUACUUAA